GCCGAAGUACGUCGACUACUCACCUCUUCAGAGCCUGUGCUGAUUGACAUUGUGCAGAAGCCAGGCAUGACUGAUCAUCGUUUCAUAGAGGAGCAAGAACGGCAGUUGUUUGCACUGUGCAAACGCACCAUGGCGCUGCCAUUGGGACGUGGUAUGUUUACGCUGCGCACUUCCAUACCAACACCCACCGAGUUGAUGCCAAUACCCAAGUUGUGUCUCUCAGGCAAGGAGCCGGUAAAGGGUGCCACAAUUGAAAUGCAACAAAUCGAACUACCGCCGAAUAUGAGUCUUUGGCCCUCAUUCCACAAUGGCGUCGCUGCAGGUUUGAAAAUUUCACCGCAAGCACGCGAUGUAGACUCCACAUGGAUCGUUUAUAAUAAACCUAAAGGACAAGAAGACGUUUCGACAGAGCAUGCGGGCUUUCUCAUGGCUCUCGGAUUGAAUGGUCACCUUAAAACACUUUCGUUUAUGAGCAUCUAUGAAUAUUUGGUAAAAUGUGAUGAGAUGACUAGCGUCGGUUUGCUCUUGGGCAUUUCUGCAACGCAUCGUGGUGGUAUGGAUAAUACAACAACAAAAUUAUUGAGUUUGCACGUUGAAGCGUUGUUGCCAACAACCGCUUUGGAAUUGGAUAUACCACAAAAUAUACAGGUAGCUUCACUAAUGGGCAUCGGACUUUUGUAUCAGGGAUCUGCGAAACGUCAUAUUGCCGAGGUGCUGUUGCAGGAAGUGGGUCGGCCACCUGGUCCGGAAAUGGAGAAUAGCAUCGAACGCGAAUCGUAUGCUUUGACCGCCGGUCUUGCAUUGGGCUUAGUCACGUUGGGUCUGGGUGAUUCGCCAGCCGGCCUGCUUGAUCUUCAAAUUCCCGAUACACUCCACUAUUACAUGGUUGGCGGCAAUAAGCGACAACUCACCGGCUCGCAAAAGGAAAAAUACAAAUUGCCUUCAUUUCAAGUGCGCGAAGGUGACAAUGUCAAUAUCGAUGUUACUGCACCCGGUGCGACACUAGCACUUGGUCUCAUGUUCUUCAAUACGAAUAAUCGCGCCGUCGCCGAGUGGAUGGAUCCACCAAACACGCAUUAUCUGCUUGACUUGGUGCGGCCCGACUUGCUUAUGUUGCGCUCGAUUGCGCGCGGUCUAAUACUCUGGGCCGAUAUAAAGCCCGACGCUGAGUGGUUAUUUGGCCAGUUUCCGUCGAAUUUCAAAAUAGAUCUCGAACGUCCCUACUAUUGGGGUGAUAAGUAUGAGACGAGCGUUGACUAUGAAUCCGAAGCUCAAGCUUGGUGCAAUGUCAUUGCGGGCGCUUCAUUCUGCAUGGGUCUCAAAUACGCGGGUAGCGAGAAUCCGGAAGCUUUCAAAACCUUGCAUAAAGCACUUAAAACAUUUAUUGGUUUUCAAAGUAAACAUGUAUUCGAAUUCGCUGGCUACACAACGGUGGAGUGUUGCCUAAUGGUUAUUCUGAUUGCAAUCUCAUUGGUUUUCGCCGGUUCGGGUGAUCUGGAAAUCUUGCGCAUCAUACGUUAUUUGCGUUCGCGCAUCAGUUUUCGCGAUCGUUGUCGCGUCAAUUACAAUCCUAAUGUCACAUUCGGUUCACAAAUGGCUAUACACAUGUCGCUGGGGUUGCUCUUCUUGGGUGCCGGACGUUAUACGAUUGCUAAUACUCCGGAAGCGGUGGCGGCGUUGAUUUGUGCAUUCUUUCCCAAAUUUCCGAAUCACAGCAACGACAAUAGAUAUCAUCUGCAAGCCUUCCGCCAUUUGUAUGUGCUGGCCGUGGAGCCACGUCUCUUUCUGCCACGGGAUAUCGAUACGAAAAAGUUAUGUCUCUGUCAAAUAUCAGUGCUGGAAGUGGGUAGUAAGGAACUGCGUCGCCUGCCCAUGGCACCCUGCAUGCUGCCACCUCUAGACAAUUUGCAGAAAGUAAUCGUAGACGACGCCAAUUAUUGGCCAGUUUGCUUUGAGAAGGAACGCAAUUGGUCGCAAUUGAUCAAAGCUUUAAAAAACUCCGCUUGUAUUGAUAUUAAAAAACGUUCCGGCUGCCUUUCUCACCUGGAAGAUCCCGAUCGUCUGAAGAGCCUCUUUGCGCAAACGCUAACCACCGAGCAGUAUACAUGCUGGCAUGUUAAUGCUACUGCACUGGAGCGCUUCUCCAAUGAUCCAUUCGUUACGAGUUUCACCGAUCGGUUUUUACAUAUCGAUGCCGAGGUUAUUACACAAGACGAAUUGCUUAAGAUACAGCAGCUAACAAUGCUCUUCUACAAUGCCGUCAUCAAGGAUAAGAUGCAUGUGUUACCCAUUUAUCUGACGACUUUCAAUCUCAUCCAACGCAUGCAAGUUAAGCCCCAAUGCAACGAUGUUUGGCAAAUUAAGUUGAUUGAUUUGUAUAUGGAAAAAUAUGAGCAACCACAUAUAUUGCUGACCAGCGAACUGAUGCAUGCGCAGCUGGAAAGAUUCAAAAUGUUCAUUGAGAAUACGCGGCGAGUGUUAGCGGCGCCAUUGCGUCGCUUCAUCAGCGCCAGCAGCUUUGAGCCAAGCGUUAUUACUGAUCUUACAGCGGAGGAGGUAGCGCGUUUACUCGCUGUAGUAAAUUAUUAUAAUUUAACGCCGAAUUUGCUAAAUUUGGUCGAUCUUAGCGGUACAGUUAAUUACAUAAGGUAUUUAUACGAGUUUAAGAAACUCAAUCUAGAUGUACAAACUAUAAAUUGUUUAAUUAAAGUGCUGCUACAAACAAGUGGCAAUGAAGCUGCUUAGAAAAAGCUAUUUCUCUGCCACAAAA